AAACGGCUGGAAUGUACUUUUAGAAGGCAUACUGUUCACAGGACUUUUCAUUGCAGAAUUUAAAAUAGAAGGGUUUUUUAUAACAAGGUUCAUGUAAGUUUGUAGCAGUUCAUAUGCAAACAGCCUUCCUGUACAGCUAGUCCAUUUGUAAAGAGCGUUAAGCCUGCAAUCAAAUAUCUAAAAUGUGGAGCACACUUAAAUCUGGGAUGUGAGUUAGAGUAUGUUAAGAAACGCUGCUUUUACUAAAUUCUUGGUAUUAGCAUAAGAGAUUUACCACGGCCAAGGAUGGGGCAAGCUGAAUAGCUCACAGAGGAAACUCAGACAUUUUGGAUCGUGAUUCCUUUAACUUUGUUUACACAGUUGACUCCAUUCAUUCUCUGAAACAAGUCACUUCCCCUGAGCUGGCUGAUAAGAGUUUAGCAGCUUGCUGAGGUGGAGUGUCAGAGUCAUUAGUAUUAAACACAUUCCUAGCCGCACCACUGGCCCCUGUGCACCGCUCGCACUGGAAGCUAUUUGGAAAAGAAGAAAUAGAGAUCUGUGAAGGGAAAUCAUGCAUCAUCCUCCUUGCUGGAAACCACUGAAGACUAUAAGCUGCUUUCAUCAUGUGGAUUCACCAGAGAAAUGACCUUCUUAGAUCAGCCAGGCCAAAUCAUAAACUGGUUUGUUUGCUUGCUGUGCACCCCACGGGUGCUGAGGCUCUGGAGUGGCAGGCGUCCCAGGACCAGGAGGAAUCUGCUGCUGGGCAUAGCCUGUGUGAUAUACCUGGGGUUUCUGGUCAGUCAAGUGGGUCACAUUUUACCGCAGCACAGAGGGGGACGCCAGAAGGUCAGUUCCAGGAGUCUUCAAGAUGCUGGUCAGACACCUUUUCUGGGGAUCCCACUGGAUGGCACUUUCUCCCCACCUGAUCUCCAAGGGCCCCAGAUGGGUGGCAAUGGGACCUCAGUGCCACCCAACGUGGUGUACAUCACACUGCGGUCCAAGCGCAGUAAACCCACCAACAUCCGAGGCAGUGUGAAACCCAAGCUGAGGAAGAAGCAUGCAUUCCCUUUGCCCUAUGGGCAGCGCUUUCCAGUAGGUGUCACUGGGCAGGAGGAGGCCUUGUCCCAGCAGCAGGGGCGGACUAGCUACUCCAUGGGACUAAUGAAGGAAGCAGUAGUUCCAGAGACACCAAGGCACCAACUGAAGAAGCACUGGGAUGGAGAGAGGGAAGCAGUGGGCAGGGGACACCGGAGACAUGUUGGGGUUUCAGGAGGUAUAAAUGUGCAGCCCAAGGCUCGGGAGAGUAAUAUCAGGAUAUACAGUGAGAGGUCCCCCUCUUGGCUGAGCAAAGAUGAUAUCCUAAGCAUGUGUUUGCUAGCGGAUUCCCGGAUAGACAGUGUCCAAGAAGCACCCUCUCAGCAUGGAGUCCUACUGGUGUUUGAGAGGAAUCCCAGUGCCACAGGAGCAGCCUGCAGUCAAGGGUACUGUGGCCUCAUCAAGAGACCCCUUGAUAUGAGUGAGGUGUUUGCCUUCCAUUUAGACAGAAUCCUGGGGCUGAAUAAGACCUUGCCUUCUGUAAGCAGGAAAUCGGAGUUCAUCCAAGAUGGUCUGCCAUGUCCUAUUAUUCUCUGGGAUUCCUCAUUGGCUCCGACAAAUAAUAGGACCCAUUCUUCAGUGAGGCUAAAUUGGGGGGCCUAUCAGCAGCUAUUGAAACAGAAGUGCUGGCAGAAUGGCAAAGUGCCCAAAGCUGAGUGGGGCUGUACUGAGAUCCAUCACCAUGAGUGGUCCAAGAUGGCACUCUUUGAUUUUCUUCUGCAGGUCUACAAUCGACUGGACAGAAAUUGCUGUGGGUUCAAACCUCGCAAGGAGGAUUCCUGUGUUCAGAAAGGACUGAAGCAGAAAUGUGAAGAUCAAGACUCUGUUGACCUGACACACAUUAUUCAGAGAAGGCAUGACCCUAGGCACUUGGUCUUUAUAGAUAAUAAAGGUUUCUUUGACAGAAGCGAAGACAAUCUGGAUUUCAAAAUAUUACAAGGAAUCAAAGAGUUCCCUGAAUCUGCAAUUUCAGUGCUGAAAAGCCAGCGCUUGCGAGAGAAGCUUCUUCAGUCUCUGUUCCUUGACAAAGUAUAUUGGGAGAGCCAAGGAGGUCGCCGAGGAAUUGAAAAACUUAUUGAUGUGGUAGAAAGGCGUGCCAAAAUUCUUCUUACCUAUAUAAAUGCACAUGGAGCCAAAGUAUUACCCAUGAAUGAAUGAAAGUCUUUUUUCCCUAACUCUAAGAGUUACAGUUAUAUAAGGCAAGAACUCAUGGCAAAAUUUCUUUUUCUUUUAAAAUUCCUUUAAUUUCCAAAACAUAACAGUAAACUGGUAAGCCUGUUUUUUUUAGACAUUUGAAAAAAAAUGUUAUAUAGUAUAAAAGUGCCAGUUCUCUAACUUUCUCUAAAAUCUUUCUUAAAUGCAUUUAUUGCUGUGUUCUUCUAACAAAGAUGUCUAAGCAUGUAAUAAACAAUGCAAUAAUUUAAUACAAAUAUUGGAUUCUCAAUCUUCUAAACUUUCUUUUAUUCUCUCAGUUAAGGACAGAUCUGUCUCCACUGGAUUCUUUUACCAGGUAUUUCUUAAUUAAGAGUGGGAUUUUCAAACACACUCAGCCUUGGACAACUGCUCUUCCUGAAGUCAAUGGAAGUUUUAGCAUUGAUUUAAAUGGGAGCAGACCUUAAGCCAAUGCUAAGCACUUUUGAUUGAAAGUCCCAGUCUCAAAGUAUAACCACACCUCUAAUAGAGAACAUUAAUUGAGGGAGUUGCAGUCUUUCUUUUUUGUUUCUUUAGAACACACAAACUUCCAGUGUCUCCUAUGGCUGGUAUUUUUUUUAUUGCAUAUGUGAUAUUGUGAGAUCUAGGGACCAAAUUCAGCUCUUUGGCAAGCAGGUAUAACUUCCAUUGAAGACAAUGGAAGUUUGGCCUUGUUGACACUUAAAACAGAUCAAAGAAAGAAUCUAAGUUUUGCCUGGAAACAAGAUUCCCAUGACACUUUGCAGUUAAGAUAACUUUAAGGAGUGAAAUUUUACUAAGCAGUAACCGUUAGCAUAUUUUGAAAUUGCUGCAACAGAUAUUUUAGUAACAUUAAACACAAAAGUGUGGAAGAGGUAUAACAAAUAUCAUUACCCCAACAAAGGAAAUAAAUAAUAACUAACCAUAAGGAGUUGAGGUAGUUGGAAAGGUACAAGGGAACAGGGAACUUAGAAAAUAACCUAAGAUAAGAAGAAUGUACCAAAAGGAAUAAAUAAGGGUUGGAAUGAUAAACAAUAGAGUAAUAAGGAUAUAAUUACCCUAAGAAAUCAAGAGAAAGUAAGACCAUCUGGAGAUUGAACGCAGGCUGUCAGAGAACUACAGGGAAGGUCUUCUGCAGUAGUUGGUAACUAUGUCUUUACUAACUGUUAAAUCAGUAAAUCCAAUCAAAGAUGACUUAUUGGAGGUUUGUUAAUAAUUAAACUAAUCCAGAUUUGAAAGAACCCCUCUCAUUAAACAUAUAGACAUAUAAACAUAUAGUCACAGUUAAAAUUGUUAUCAAUUGCUGGGGUAAUCAAUUAAUUAAUAAUUUAUCAAUAACCAAUUAUCAAUAGCCUGCUUAUGCCAGCACUUGGGAAGGACAAAUACUUCCUCCCUAAUGAUUUCUUUGGACCAAAUCUGACUUUUUUUGGUCCCCAGAUUGUCCAUAUUGGUCUGCAGAUUGUUUAUGUGCCAUUUUUUGAGCGUAAUAAAUAUUUUCCAUUUAAAUUGUUUGGUACUUAUGGAUCACGUUAGGUUUCUAUUCCCUGUUGGACUGACUCUAACUCCAAGAAUCAGAUUUCCAGUGCAGCUAAUGGUGAUUAUAAAUUCAAUAUUAACUUUGUGUAUAGUCUGCUAUAUUAGAGUACGCAUUUUUGUUUCUGCAAAUGUUCCUGGCAAUAAACUCAUUUUCUAGAAUUCUGACAGAAAGCAAACACAGAAGGGGAAUGAAUGUUAAAAUUAGAACAGAAAAUGUUGUUUCUAGUACUCUCUUAGCUCUAAAUGUAGCCUCUGGUGUUCCAUUAAGAAUGUCUACUGUUCUUCAAGAAGAUACUUUGUCAUUAGAGAUGGGACGAAUCAUAAAACAUCAAUGGAGCAUAUCCUCAACUGGUUUAAAUUGUUGUAGCUGUGUUGACUUCAAAAAGCUAUGACAAUUCACACCAGCUGAAGAUCUGUCAGAAGUAUUUCUGAAUAGAGGGGUAUUGGGAAAGUGAGACAUUGUCCACCAUUCAUUUUGAAUCAGACUUUUCCUAGGUCUUAAUGUGCUUCCAGGGAUAAAACAUAAAUCAGUGUUGAAUACCAUAACCCUAUAGCUGCCUCCUAGUACUCAACAGACAUUCAAGAAAGUUUUUUUUCUUUGGAAGUGUAUGAAGGUAUUGGGGCAUGUUACAUGUUUCUAUACGUACCCAUCUCUGACAAUGUAUGUACAAUAGUAUUUUUCCAUUGUGAGAAAUUUAAAUACUGUUGUAUGGGUUUUUUUCAUUAAAAAAAGUUUUAAACGA